AAAAUCAGCGUCUCCCUCAAAAUCCAGCCCCACGACGGGGCGGUGUAUUUCAAGGUGGACGGGCAGCGCUUCGGCCAGAACCGCACCAUCAAGCUGCUGACCGGGGCCAAGUACAAGAUCGAGGUGGCCCUCCGGCCCGGCACCGUCCAGGCCACGACAAUGGGCAUCGGAGGCGUCAAUGUCCCACUGGAAGAGAAAUCGAGGGAUGCACAGGUGGCCUCUUACACAGGGAUCUACGACACAGAAGGGGUACCCCAUACCAAAAGCGGGGAGAGACAGCCCAUCCAGGUCAACAUGCAGUUUGACGACAUUGGUGUGUUUGAAACAGUCUGGCAAGUCAAAUUCUACAACUACCACAAACGGGAUCACUGUCAAUGGGGAAACAGUUUUGGUAGUAUCGAAUACGAAUGCAAACCAAAUGAAACGCGCAGUCUUAUGUGGAUCAAUAAAGAGACCUUCCACUGAAGAGAUGUGAAACCAAUACUGCUGGACAAUCUCCCUAAAGAAAAAUCUACCUUUUUAAACCAGCAAGAAGCCUUAAAAAGGCAUACUGUAAUAUUGCUUUGUUCCAUAAGGUUCCAACAACUACGUUGUAUAUGCAGGUGGUGCCACUAAAAUCUUUGCCUAUUACUGUAUUUUAAGUUUACCAUGGCAUCUGCAACAUUCUUUAUCUGUCACCCUGAGAACACUGUAAAGUUCAUGGUAAAGAAUACUUGAUAGCUGGGUAGAAAGUCAUACCAUCUUAAUACUGUCAUAAGUAUUACGCCCAACUAAAGAGUUCCACUAGGUGUAACAACUUUUGUGAAGUGUUUUGCGUUAUUGCUUAGAAUUUGGAUGCAACAUCACAUUGGUGAUUU